GACUCCCACGGCCUAGCCGCGGCGGCCGCUGCCGCUCUGCCGCCGCACAUGGCGCCGCCGGCGGGCUUCCCCCCCGGAUGCCACGCGCCCAUGGGAGGCCAGUGGCCCUGCCAGGCCGCCACCGCCGCGGCCAUGCAGAGACUCUACGCCGAGAGGCUCAUGGCGUCGGCGCGCGCCGGCGUGCCCCCCCACUGGGGCGCGGGUGGCUACCCCGCGGCGGCCCAGGCCGGGGGGGGGGCUGGCAUCGUGCCCCCCGGUGCCAACGGACUGGGCCCCGUGCCCCCGACGCCGGCGCCGGCGCACCAGGCUGGCUCGCCCAGCAGCCUGCCCGCGCCCACGCGGCCCGCCGGCGUGGGGGCGCCGCCGCCCCCAGCGGGUGCGCCUGCUCCCAGCAGCGAGGGCUCGGCGCAGUCGGAGGACGACGACGCCGAGGCCGAUGGCGAG